AUGCCGCCGCUCGUGACGCUGCUUACGCGCCGCCAAAAGAGCGCAAUCUUGGCGCUCCUCACAAGCCACCCACGCCGAUGUGACCGUCAAGGCGCGCAAGUUACUGGCCAGUCCGGAAGUCUCGGCUCUGGCUCGCCAAUCGUUUACGCCCGCGCCGACCUGCAGACAAACCUGCAGAGCAACUCCUCAACAGCGAGGACCCGCUGCCUCCACUUACUGGCUUCGACUUCGGCCCCACAAACGACCACGCCACGGCGGCGCGCAGCCGCAAUCCGCGAUUCACUGCCCGAUGCAGUCUCCACUGCGGCCGCAAACCACAACGCGAAUGGCAUCUUUGUGCCAGACGCGUUCGUGGCGCUCUACGACCAAGGCCGCCUUCCUGAAGGCCUCAUCACUUCCGCCGAAACAACCGCCAUCCGCUGCAUACUCCCCAUAGUCGACAAUCAAGAAUAUGUGGAGUCUAUUGUAGACCCCGGCUCGCAAAUCUGUGCGAUGUCGGAAGCUCUCUGCCAUCGCCUCGCCCUCCAGUACGACCCGACCAUCGUUCUUCAGAUGCAGUCCGCCAACGGGGCGAUUACCCCUUCGCUUGGAGUCGCUCGCAACGUCGCGUUCACGUUGCGCGACAUUGUACUGUACCUGCAGGUCCACAUCGUCCGGAACCCCGCCUACGAUGUCCUGCUCGGGCGUCCAUUCGACGUUCUCACACAGUCUGUGGUACACAACUACAGUAACAACGACCAAACCAUCACGAUCCGCGAUCCCAACACCGGCCGAACCGCGACCGUCCCAACCAUCCCGCGUGGCUCCUCUCGAGCAACAAAAGAGGGUUUUCUCAAGCUCAAGUCUUCACGUAUGAAGCACUGA